AUGAGAGACGAGAUGACCAGGUUGCUGUGGUCGACGGACAUCAAGGAGGGCGACUAUGUGAUCUUUAGCGAUGUCGACAAGAUCCCGAGUCGGCAAAGUGUUGAACUGUUGAGUUCCUGUGAUGACGUCCCUCCAGCGGUGCACGUCAACUUGCAGAACUAUCUGUAUAGUUACGAGUUCCCUGUCGACGACGGUGGAAAGAAUACGCCCAGCAUUCAGCAGUGGCCCAAGGAGCGGUUGUGGUAUAUUCGUCAACAGGCAUCUUCCGUUCUUCUUGCCAACGCCGGCUGGCACUAUUCCUUCUGCUUCCGGUUGAUCGAAGACUUCCAGUUCAAGAUGAAGGCGUACUCGCACGCGGACCGUCUCCGAUACAAGUACAUGUUGGACAAGACCUACCUCCAGGAUGUGAUCUGCAAAGGAGCCGAUCUGUUUGGCAUGUUCCCCGAGGCCUACUCGUACAAGGAUCUGAUCCAUCCACUGGGACCCAUCCCCAAGACCUUCAAUGCCGUCGGCUUGCCUGCUUGGGCCAUCAAGAACAGCGAUAAGUUCAAGUUCUUGCAGCCUGGAGGAUGCAGGCGUGUCGAUUAUGCCUAG